UAAUUUGAAAAAACUCCUCAUCUCUCUCUAUUUAUAUUAUCUAUCUUCGAAAUAUCACACUCAUUUGCCAUUCAUUAAUUCUAAGCAGCACCAGUUUCGUUUCAUAAUUCACGAUCAAUCGCUCUCACAAGAUCAACAACAAAUCUCUCUCUCUCUCUUAUUUUCUUUAUUAUUAUUUUUUUAAUUUUUUGCUGGGUUUCUUUAAUCUUAACCUCUGUUUUUGCAAAGUGUUUCUUUCUUAUUUUUCUAUUAUUCGUUCUUGUUUUAUUUUUUAUUUUUUGAUAUUGACGUGAUGGAUGCAGGAUCUUUGAACUCUUCUUCAUACUUGAAAGCACAAUCCCGGUUCCCCCUCCAAGAACAGUUUCUUCAUAGAAAGAAUUCUAAAGAUAACUUGGAUAGAUUUAUACCAAACCGAUCAGCCAUGGACUUAGAUUAUGCCCAUUACAUGCUAACACAGGGAAGAAAAGGAGGAAAAGAGAACCCAACAGCUACAGUCAACUCACCAUCAAGAGAGGCAUACAGGAAGCAACUUGCAGAAGCCUUGAACCUGAACCGAACUCGAAUUCUAGCCUUCAAGAACAAGCCUCCUACACCUGUUGAACUUAUCCCUCGAGACCACUUAUCCUCCUCUCUUCACUACCAGGCCAAGCCCACCAAGCCCCGGAGAUACAUUCCUCAGACGUCAGAGAGGACAUUGGAUGCACCUGAUCUUGUGGAUGAUUUCUACCUUAACUUACUGGAUUGGGGCAGCAAGAAUGUUCUAGCCAUAGCUCUUGAAAACACAGUGUACUUGUGGGAUGCUUCAAAUGGUUCUACCUCAGAAUUGGUUACGGUUGGUGAUGAAGUCGGGCCUGUCACUAGUGUCAAUUGGGCUCCUGAUGGACUCCACCUUGCCAUUGGCUUGAAUAAUUCUAAUGUACAGUUAUGGGAUUCUGCUUCCUGUAAACAGCUAAGAAACUUGAGAGGUUGUCACAGGUCGAGAGUUGGGUCAAUGGCAUGGAACAAUCAUAUCCUGACUACUGGAGGAAUGGAUGGUAAAAUAAUUAACAAUGAUGUGAGAAUUAGAUCACACAUUGUUGAGACUUACAGGGGGCAUCAACAAGAGGUUUGUGGGCUUAAAUGGUCAGCUUCAGGCCAGCAAUUAGCAAGUGGAGGGAAUGAUAAUAUAAUUCAUAUAUGGGAUAGAUCUGUGGCAUCAUCAAACUCAGCCACACAAUGGUUUCACAGGCUCGAGGAGCAUACUUCUGCAGUGAAAGCUCUUGCUUGGUGUCCUUUCCAAGGGAAUUUGCUAGCCUCUGGAGGCGGUGGAGGAGAUAGGAGUAUUAAGUUUUGGAAUACACACACAGGUGCGUGCUUGAAUUCCAUAGACACCGGGUCUCAAGUUUGUGCUCUGCUGUGGAACAAGAAUGAGAGGGAACUGCUUAGCUCUCAUGGGUUCACUCAAAAUCAACUCGUCCUUUGGAAAUAUCCAUCUAUGCUGAAAAUGGCUGAGCUCACUGGCCAUACUUCUAGAGUCCUUUAUAUGGCUCAGAGUCCGGAUGGCUGUACAGUGGCAACCGCAGCAGGGGAUGAAACACUGAGAUUCUGGAACGUUUUUGGCGUUCCAGAAGUGGCUAAAGCUGCUCCGAAAGCAAAUCCUGAGCCAUUUUCUCGCUUCAAUCGCAUCCGCUGAUGCCAAAAAUGAAAACAACAAAACUAGUUGCAAAUGUUUGGCCCAACAACAGCCAAGAAAAGCAAUCUGCAGUGUGUGUUAUGGAUGCUUGUUGUUAUCUUAUGCUUUCAAAUUGGAUUUUGGGGAGCGGAUAAAAAAUAUUCAGGUGGCGGGUGAAACUUGAUAUGGUAAGUGGAGCAGUUUAGGAUCGAGCUUUUCUUGUUCCAACCUGUGCCUAUGGAAGAGCCCAGAUAACUCUGCAGCUAAAAGGGCUGGACCAGAAACCAUGUAGCUUCACUUCUGCCAUUGUUGUGGUGAGUUGAAGAACUCAAGAUUGCAAGGUAUGAGUCGUUUUAUAGUGAUCUAUGGCUUGGGCAAUAAGAUUGGGUUUGGAAAUUUGGAUACAA